AUGAAGGCUCUUCCGACAAACGAGCUAGAGGACUUGCUCACAAGACGAAGCAACACGCGUGUGAGGCUGGCCAAUGCGAUGCAGCCACUAUACGUCCUGUUACGGGACCGUCGAAUUCGACCGAAUACACGGCAUUAUAAGGCGGUUAUACAGAGCAACUCAGAUCCUGAGCAUGGAUCGUCUAAAACAGUGCGGAAGUUGCUUGUGGAAAUGGAAAAGUAUAACAUUCCCGUUGACGCUGGCCCACUCCGUGCAGCACUGCUGGCGCUUGCUGUUCAUCCCGACUAUCUCCUGCGGCAGGACGUGUUGCGAGCCCUACGGGAUCGAUGGGUCACCCUCAGCGAGGAUGACUGGCAUUAUGUGGUGGCGGGCUUGAUCAGGGAGCAGCAAUUUGAGCUGGCGCUCGAUCAUAUUGCGCAUAUGGAGAGGAAGCGUAUUGUGGUCAAGGACUGGCUUCACAGUCUUUUGAUUUACAAUCUCUGUGACUUCAACGAGUUUGACCUGGUUCGCGAGCUGAUGGUGGUUCGCUUGAACCAGGGGCAUGUUAUGAGCCGAGAGCUUCGCACGUAUGUUCUCGACUCAGCGAGCAAGGCUCACCACUAUGAUUUGACAUCCUUUAUCUGGAGGAGAAUAGUGGAACUAAAGAACGCUGCCCCACCACGUGGCAUCUGCGAGCAGGUUCUCGAGGUGGCUGCGCGCCAUGGAGAUACGCAGCUCAAGAACGCUGUAGUCAAUAUGCUCGAACACAAUGAGCUGGAACUUGGAUAUAAAGAUUUCUUGAGCUUGGUCAGGGGACACCUUGCGGCCGGCGAUCUGUAUUCCGCGUUAGAAAUAUGUACGGGGACUGCCCGCGGUGCGCGAAUGAGGUGUUUCAAGUCGAUCCGAGUCCAUUGUCGCGAGAAUAACAUCCACCCGCGAGAUAUCUGGAACACGAUCAAGGCGUUGAAGGCAUCGGGAAAAGUUAUCCAGCUCGAAUAUGCCGCCUUAGUAAUCGAACUGUGCGAGAAGGCCGCGGCCCGGGAUCCGUUCGUUGUUGACGACGGAGUCAACAUCUACAAGGGAAUCUACGCCCUCUGCGGUCGGAACCCGACUCUGCCGAUGUUCAACUCUCUGCUCGCCAUGUGCCGAGCCGGCAACAACGUCCAGUCUGCCGUAUUUUUCGUGAAGGAAAUGGCGAAACUCGGCCUGGUCCCGAACGGGGAGACCUUUGAGCAUCUGCUAUUUCUUUGCUUGAAAACCGGCAACUUCAAGUCCGCCUAUCUCUAUUUGGAUGACCUAUACAAACGCGGGUUCAAAGUCCGAAUCCGCCUACGUAAUGAGAUGCUGCGUCUGUGUGCGGAAUCGGACGACGAGUAUGCUGCCAAGCUAUUGGAACACAAGGAACACCCGCAGCUUGGAAAAACCGCUGCACAGAGAGAACGGUACAAGAGACAGAGGGCGAAAUACAAGGAGAGGAGAAAGGAGAAGAGAAAGGCGACGAGCAUUGCGAAGGCGGGUGAGGAGGAAGGCUGGGAAGACUACGAGCCCAGUCUCAGCACGCCAGAGGAUCUGGUGGCCAAGACCGAGAAGGUCAAGACGGCGGUGGAGCAGAAGCCUACAGAGACUUGA